AUGGACAAGACAAAACGCGACUGGCUGUUUGCCAACAUGUUCCGCCACGGCGACGACCUGACCAAAUACGAGUCGUUUGUGCCGCCGACACUGCGGGCCAGACCCCCGACGUCCAGCAACCUGAAGGAGACCAAGAAGCGGCCGCUGUCAGCCAGGCAACAACCGAACCCUGCGCUUCAGGACCGAGAGCGUAACUGGGUGCCCACGACGCCCCACGACUCGAAGCUCCCGCCGUACGACUCCAUCCUGGACAAAUACUGCACCACAGUCACGAGUCCUGUGGUCCAGCGCCAGAUCUACCAGACUAGGCACCGAGACCUGUCCCCCCAGUUGGCCUUUGUGCUGGAGAAGCGCGUUGAGAAGCACUGCCGCAAGGGCUUCUACGACUCGUUCGGCGGGGUCAGCUCGUCCUACAAGACUGAGAUUGUGCCGACAUCGCCUGUAGACGGAUCGAGGCAGCGACAAACGUCCCCGCGGUCCCCAACCAAGUCGGAGAUGCUACCAACAACAAGCCCCACCUCGGCCCCCGAGGAUAAGUUGUAA